AGAGUAAAAUACUAUAUAAAAUAAUAAUAAUAGAGAAAAAUAAUAAAUGCAAUAAUAAUGAGUAAAAUAAUGAAUACAAUUAUAAUAAUAGAGGAAAUAAUAAAUGUAAUAAUAAUAAUAAAUGUAACAACAACAAAAACAAUAAUCCAAUGAUCACCAUAGAUUAUUUUAACUACAGUAUACAUUUUGGGGAAAGUGCUAUGUGUAUUUAAAGAAGACAAAUGGGAAAGACUGACUUGGGAAGGGGGUGGGAAAGAAGGACUAGAAAUGAGAAAAACUGGGAAUGGGAAGGGGUGUUUGAAAAAGAAGGAAAAUUAGGUGGGAAGAAGGUAGCUGGAAAAGUUGGACAGAUUGGGGAGGGAAGGGGGCAGCUGAGGAAGGGGGAAAGAUUGAGGUGGGAAAGGGGCUGGAAACUGGGAUGGAAAGUGGAGAGAGAGGGGCUGGGGAAUGGAGAUAGUAAAGACUGGGAUAGGAAGGGGGAAACUAGAAAAAGGGAAGACGGGUGGGAAAGGCGUGCUGUGAAAGGGGGGGGGAACUGAGGUGGGAAGGGAGGAAGGGGAAUACUUGGGGAGGGAAAUUGCGGGUGGGGGUCCUUCUUUUGGCUCUUUGGAAGGGGCUGCUUGGGAGAGCCACCUGCCUGCUCUCCUUCCUCCUCCUCCUCCUUCUCCUCCCUGCUCCCUUCUCUUCCUCUCCCCCGUUCCCAGAAGAGAGACCUAGAAAGGAGGGGGGAAUAGAAGUGCAGAGGUGGCUGGUUGAUCACGGAAGGGGGCAUCUCCUCUGCACUUCCAUUCCCCUCUCUGCUUUCCAGGUCUCCCUUCUGGGGGGCAGGAGGGGGAGGAAGAGGAGGCGACCCCAGCCAGCUGGAGGAGGAGGAGGGUUGGCAGGAACAGCGGCCUUCGCAGCAUAGGAGACUCGCCUGGGAGAACCCUGUGCAACCUCUGCUGCUCAUUCUCCUCUUCCUCCAUGGUCUGCUGUCUUCGGAGCCUCACCUCCAGGCUCCGCUGCCAGCUUGACCCGAAUAUAAGCCAAGGGUGGAUUUUUCAGCCCCCAAAAAGGGCUGAAAAUCUCAGCCUAUAUUCAAGUAUAUAUGGUAAAUAAACUCAUACUCAGCAUAAAUUUUCUUAGGGCAUGAAGACAGCAGCUGAUUAUUGGGUUUCAGUGAGUUUUAUGGGUAGAAUGGCCAGAAGCAUUGAUGUUUCUCCCAUAUCAGAGGUUGUGAGGUCUGUUGGAAACUAGGCAAGUGAGGUUUAUAUAUCUGUGGAAUGCCCAGGCUGGGAGAAAGGACUCUUGUCUGUCUGAGGCAAGUGUGAAUGUUGCAAUUGGCCAGCUUGAUUAGCAUUGAAUAGCCUAGCAGCUUCAAAGUCUGGCUGCUUCCUGCCUGUGGAGAUCCUUUGUUAGGAGGUGGUAGCUGGCUCUGAUUAUUUCCUGUCUGGAAUUCCCCUGUUCUUGUUCUUUAUUUACUGUCCUGAUUUUAGAGUUUUUAAAUACUGGUAGCCAGAUUUUGUUCAUUUUCAUGGCUCCCUCCUUUCUUUUGAAAUUGUCCACAUGCUUGUGGAUUUCAAUGGCUUCACUGUGUAGUCUGACAUGAUGGCUGCUAGAGUGGUCCAGCAUUUUUUUGUUCUCAAAUAAUAUGCUCUGUCCAAGUUGGUUCAUUAAGUGCUCUGCCAUGGCGAACUUCUCUGGUUGAGUUAGUCUGCAGUGCCUUUCAUGUUUCUUGAUUCUUGUUUGUUGAAUUUUCUUAGUGGGUCUAUAGAUCGUUUGCAGGUUGUAUUUCUUCAUCACCUUCUCUAUAUGGUUAAUGGUGUUGUGGUUCAGCCUGCCACCGAUGAUGAACAGGGAUUAAGGGAUCGACAGUUCAUUCCUGGGACUGUGCAGUUGGUCUCUGAGAACAUUGUUGACUCAGAAGCCUAGGUGAACUCAGAAGUGGACGUUGGCAUGGGAAAGGAAGGGAGUGUGGAAAGUUCUCAGUCAAGCAAAGAUAAAGCUGACCUUAUACAGGAGUCUGGGAAUGGUCAACAGGGCUCGGAUGGGAGUGAGGGGGAGUUAGACAGAGAUGCUCAAUUGAAGUUGAGGUCAGGUCUCUGUCAUAGUGUGAGGAUAGCUGGCAGACGCAGACAAAUGAGGGUGCACGCCUUACGUCACCGCGCGAGAGAGCGCCCCUCUGCGCAUGCGCGGAAAGGUCUAAUUGCCUAUUUUGGGCAAUGGGACCCUUCCGCGCAUGUGCAGGUAAGGCACCCAAGCCGCCCAUCCGCGCGAGCGAUGGAAGCCCUGCGCACAGCAUGCCUUAUGUCAUCACGCGAGCAAGAGAGCAAGCGAGCGACCUCCCGCGCAUGCGCUGAAGGGUCCCAUCGGCCAUUUUGGGUGAUGGGACCCUUCCGCGCAUGUGCAGGGGUUCUGCCGAGGAAAAAGAGGUGGUGGUGGGCGAUGGCGGGGCCGCAGCGGCAGCGGCACCACGUUUUAACGGGGGCACCUCGAGUGCGCCCCCUGUUGGUGUGCGCCAGCAGCAGCCGCCUACGUUGCCUCACUGUUGGAUCGCCUCUGAACAGGGCUGUGAUGUCUUCUGGGUAAUUCUGGUAGAUUAGUGCAAUGGUGUCUGCUACUGGGACCUUGGUAAAUAGAGACACCACAUCGAAGCUGAUCAGUAUGUCACUGGUGUUGAGCUUGAGCUUGCUGAUUUUUUAAAUAAAGUGGGCUGAGUCCUUGAUGUAGUGCAUAGUGAGCCCAAUAUGGGUUUGUAGCUGUGCAGCCAGAUGUUUAGCCAAGUCGUAUGUGGGGGAUCCAAUGGCACUUUCGAUGGAUCUGAGUGGGGUGAAGUUCUUAUGGAUUUUGGGGAGUCCAUAAAGGCUAGGUGGGGGGGCUUCUGAUUUGUACAGUUGUUGGCAUAUAUUGAGAUUAAUCGAGGAGUUCUUGAUCAGAAUGUUCGCUUUUCUGGUGAUUGUGUUGGUUGGGUCUUGUUUUAGUUUUGUGCAUGUUGUGGGAUACAGGAAUUGUCUGGUCUUUUCUUUGUAUUGUUCAGUUUUCAUUAUUACUAUGGCAUUCCCCUUAUCUGCUGGGAGAAUGAUGAUUUCUGUAUCUGAAUUGAGGUCUUUCUUUCCUUGUUAUGUUGCUGGGGGAAAGUUUUGCCUUUCUCAGGAUCCUCGCUGUUUCCCCUCUAACUUCCCCCACUUCUUCCUCAGGGAGGCAGUAAGUCACUCAUUCGACGUUGGCAAUGAUGUUUUUUACUGGGAUCCUGAUGGUGGUAAUAGCAAAAUUGCCUCCUUUUGUUAGUAUGGAUACUUGGUCUUCUGAGAGUUGACUGUCUGUCAGGAUGAUGAUGGUCCUCGAUGUAUCCAGUUUUGGUUUUAGUUGAUGUUUUUGGCAUGAUUAUUGUUUUGAAAUACUUGGUACUACCUUUACUCCUUCACAAAUAAAUACUGACCACCCCAUCCCCAGAUUAAAGAAAUAUAUCAAACUGGCAAUGGUUGGUUCCAGAUGGGGAAAAGGUUCUAGCAAUGGCAGUAACAUAGAGAAGCUAGAGCAGGGAUGGGCAAAGUUUAGCCAUUGGCCACAGUCUACCACUGUGAGCUCCAAGAGCUGCCAGAGUGUCAAAAAUACAUAUAUAUUUUUUGCAAAACGUUUCUUCUUCUUCUUGCUCCAGAAUGCUGCCAAAUGGGACAUGGAGACAUUUCUUUCAUAUUUGGAAACAUCCUGAGACUCCAAGGGAUCAAAAGCAAAUUUCCAAAUGUUUUCAUGUUUGAAACCUUGAAAAGAAGAAGUCACAUAGUGAAAUGAUUAUGGGUAUUUUUUUUUCCUGGAAAGUUGCAGUCUUUUAGAUUCCCAUCUCUCUUGAAAUGUGGAUUUUCUGCCUUGAUAUUCUGGAUUAUAUGGCAGUGUUGAAGGGACCUGGCUUUUCACUUGGGACCAAGAGAUGAGUAUAUAAAUGCCUGCCAGGAGCUCUCUCUAGUAGAAGCUACUUGCUCUAUAGUAAAAAUUAAUGAAACAUUUUUAUACAAUGUUUCCUUUGUUGCAUCAUGGUAAUUUUUACUGACUUCUUUACACUGAUACUCAAAUUCUGAGCACACCUAUCUCCAGAGCCGGCCCUAGGUAUUUUUCAAGUAUAGGCAAACAGAAUUUUGGCGCCCCCCCAAAGCAAUCACUGAAAAAUAAAAGCGUUGGAUAAGCGAAAAUGUUGGUUAAUAAGGAAGUAUAAAGGAAAAGCCUAUAAAACAUCAAAUUACAUUAUGAUUUUAAAAAUUAAGCACCAAAACAUCAUGUUUUACAACAAAUCAAUAGAAAAAGCAGUUCAAUACAUGGUAAUGUUAUGUAGGAAUUACUAUAUUUGCAAAUUUAGCACUAAACAUUGAACAGGGAUAUAGGGCAGUGUGGACUUAGAUAACCCAGAUAGCCCUCAGUAUUAAAAAAAACCCUCUAAAAUCAGGACAAUAAAUAAAGAACAACACUCUGAAAACAGAAGAAAUCCAGACAGUAAACAAUCAGGGACAGCUAACUCCUCCCAAAAAAAGAUUCUCCCAGGCAAGAAGAAGCCAGGCCUUGAAGCCACAGGGCCAUUAAAUGCUAAUCAAGGUGAUUAAUUACAACAUUCACACCUGCUUCAAAGAAAAGUUCUUUCUCCCACCCUGGACCUUCUACAGAUAUAUAAACCCCACAUACCUAGCUUCCAAGUUCCUACAGACCUCACAAUCUCUGAAGGCCCCAAAGGUGGGCUUGCGUGGUGCGAAGGUGGGUCUGCGCUGGCCGGAAGGCCCAGCGCGGCCGCUGGAAGGCCCGAAAGAGAAGGAGGUGGAGAGUGGUGCCCUCCUCCCAGGACGAUGGUGCCCCCGGGACGAUGGCGCCUCAGGCAAAUGCCUAUUUCGCCUUAUGGUUGGACCGCCUCUGCCUAUCUCUUCGUCCCAUAGUCCACUAGACAACACAGGUGAGACCUGUUUCUGUCCCUAUCCAUCCACUGACAUAGUUUCCCCAUUGUUUCCAUCAUUGAUCUUACAAGCUCCGCCCCCAUUCCAAAUGAAAUCCCUCGGACUGUUGCUAUGCAUAGAACACUUCUCAAUUGCAUAUAUAACCUCCUUCCAAUCUUCCUUCUGGCAUAUCUGCAACUGCAGAAAGCUUCCCUGUCCUACAUAAAUAGGUAGAGUGAAACACUCUAGUGGCUUCAUUCCCAAGAAAAAUGGUGAAUAAUUCUUCCUGGCUGCUGCUUCUGAUCUUGUGGAAUCUUUUGAAUGAGACAGAAAAUCAUGAACCCCCAAAAGGUUUUAAGUAUGCUUUCUAUGAGGUGACCAUCCCAAGGAAAUUAAUGCCAAAGCAUGGACAAGAAGAAACCACAGAGGUCACUUAUCAUUGGCGCAUUGAGGGGAAGGGCUACAUAGUAAACCUGAGACAGAAGAGGGGCUUUCUGCCUAAAAACUUUCCAGUCUUAACCUACACAAAAGAUGGGAAUUUCCAGGUGGACUAUCCAUUUAUAAGAAGUGACUGUUUCUACCAGGGUUAUGUGGAGGACAACAUCCCUUCUCAGGUCAUCCUCAGUGCUUGCUCAGGGGCGUUUAGGGGCCUCUUUCAACUUGACAAUAGGACGUAUGAAACUGAACCUGUCCAGGCCUCUCCUACCUUUGAACAUGUGGUGUUUCGUCUGGAAGAGACUGAAAAUGCUGUCCGUAUGAAGUGUGGACUAACAGAAGAAGUGCAAAAACGCCAUGAGACCAUAAUGCAGAACACAGAACAUAGAAAGAAAGAGAAGGAAUUUGCUGUAGGAGUUAACUAUGGGCCGACAGCAGAAAAUCAAAGACAACAAGAGAUUAUGAUGCAAAAUAUAGAGAAUGGAGCUGCCAAAAGUGCUUCCUGGUGGACACACACUAGAUAUGUGAAAGCAGCCAUUGUGGUGGAACAUGAACGCUAUGUGCAGUUUGACAGAAAUGAAACUCUUGUUGCUCUACAAGUUCUGGAUAUUUUUCAUAUAGCAAAUUCAUUUUAUGAACCACUUUCUAUUCAAUUGUUUACAGUUGGACUGGAGAUUUGGUCAGAAAAGAAUCUCAUACAUGUUUCCGAUAAAAUGGAGAAAAUACUCAAUGCUUUCAAUGAUUGGCGGAAAGAUUCACUAAAUAAACAUCUUGAGAAUGAUGUUGCCCACUUAUUCGUAUAUAAACAUUUUGGAACUUUGCUUGGAUUAUCAUUUCUAGGAACAAUUUGUAACAGGCACUGGGCAUCUGCAGUCGUGUCCUAUACAUCCCCAAGAUUGCUAUUUGUUUCUAAUACCUUUGCCCAUGAGUUAGGACAUAAUCUUGGCAUGAGACAUGAUGAAAAAUACUGUUACUGUGGUCGAAGUGAUUGUAUUAUGGCUGCAUAUCACACAAGCAGUGAAAAGUUUAGCAAUUGCAGUUAUAGUGAUUAUUUUGAAAUUAGGAACUAUCGUUGUUUGUUAAUUCCCCCAGAUCCUGAUAACAUAUACAAACUGAGAUAUUGUGGAAACAAAGUUGUGGAAAAUGGAGAACAAUGUGACUGUGGCUCAAUAGCUGAAUGUGAGUUAGAUUCAUGUUGCCAGUCUAAUUGCAUGUUUCAUGCCAGGGCCACUUGUGCUUUUGGAAAGUGCUGUUCUAAAUGUCAGUAUCUUCCUGCCCAGUCUCUUUGCAGAGAGAAGACUGGUAUUUGUGAUCUUCCCGAGUAUUGCGAUGGGACCUCAGAGUUGUGUCCUGAAGAUGUUCAUGUACAAGAUGGUACCCUGUGUACAGAUGGAGCAUACUGCUAUUGUGGGAAUUGUACUACGAGGAAUACACAAUGCAAAAUGAUAUUUGGCAAGAAAGCAGUAACUGCCUCUGAGAAUUGCUUCAGAAAUAUAAAUGCUCAAGGUGAUCGUUUUGGCAACUGUGGUCUCAAACACGGGAUAUAUACGAAAUGUAGGCCUGAGCAUAGCCGGUGUGGUCGCAUUCUGUGUGAAAAUAUUCAUCAGUUGCCUUUUUUGGAGGAACACAACACCUUAAUUCAGACGGUCGUUAGUAAUAAGGAAUGCUGGAGUACAGACUACCACAGUGGAAUGGAGAAAUCUGAUAUGGGAGCUGUGAGAGAUGGCACUCCUUGUGGCACAGAUAUGAUGUGUAUUGAUGGGAAAUGUGUGAGUGUAUUUCUCUUGAAAUAUGACUGUGAUGUCACCAAGUGUCAUAAUCGGGGAAUAUGCAACAGUCUCAAAAAUUGUCAUUGUGAUUAUGGCUGGGCUCCUCCUGAAUGUCUAAAUGAAGGUCAUGGAGGUAGUAUUGAUAGUGGUCCCCCUCCAGGGAAACUGCAUGUCAGCAUUGUGGGCUCUGCUGUGGGAGGUGUGCUCCUAAUUUUCCUUAUUGCUGUUUUUAUUUAUCUUGCCCUGUUUAGAAGUGGAGAGCAAGAUUGAAACCCACAGAAUCACCAGUCAGGCACCCUACAAAUCAAUGACUCAUUGCUGCACAUAAAGGAAACCAUGUAAAAUGUAUUAUCAUGCAAAUUGAAAUUGUUGCAGAAAAUUUUGAUUCUGAAA